AUGUCCUCCGAAUACAAUUACGAUGACCAGGGUCAAUUUUUCCCAUUCUUUAUGCUGACCAUGGCCGGCUUGAUCACGGUACCUCUCACGUAUAAUGUCCUCAAACCAUCCACAGAUCUCGAGCAAACCGCAGCCCGAGUCAAAUCAGAUUUCAAACCCCACAAUGUUGACCUGAUCGAGGCGCAGCGAAGACGACGAAAGAGGCAGAAUCGCAAGACAAAAAGAAUCAUAGCGGUGGUGGUGGGAUAUACCUUCAUGGCUUACAUGAUAUACUUGAUCAUUGUCACCCAGAGAACCGUACCAAAGAUGUGGGAUCCCUACGAUAUCUUGGGCGUGUCAAGGAGCGCGUCGGAGCGCGAAAUUGACAAAUUUUACAAGCGACUGUCGCUGAAAUUCCACCCUGACAAGGCCAAACCCGAUUCUUCCAAGAAUGAGACCAUGGACGAUGUGAACAAUCGCUGGGUGGAAAUGACAAAGGCCUACAAGGCAUUGACAGACGAAGAGAUCAGAAACAACUACCUCCAGUACGGCAACCCCGAUGGGAAGCAGUCGACGAGUAUAGGUAUUGCAUUGCCGAAAUGGAUGGUCGAAGAGGGCAACCGCUGGUUUGUGGUCGCCUUCUACGGCAUCCUUCUUGGAAUCAUCCUCCCUUACACCUUGGGGAAGUGGUGGUACGGAACACAAGCCCUCACAAAAGACAAAGUCCUGCAUGCCAGCGCUGGAAAUUUAUUCCGAGAGUGGAAAGAAGACAUCUCAGAAGGCGACGUGGUGGCAAUCACCAGUGUGGGCGAAGAAUUCAAGGAGACCCUAAAAGGCGCCAGAAGUGAUACGGGAGCUGCAAAGGUGGAAAGCAAAGUCCUCAACAGCUAUGCUCUGAAUGAAGCAGACAAGGCGCGGUUGAAGUCCAUCGACGACCCGGUGCGACGGAAAACACUGGCCCUGCUGUGGGCAUACCUGGCUCGGAUCGACCUGGAGGACCAAGAACUCGAGAAAGAGAAAUUCGACGUCGCACCAACUGCUCUCUUGUUGAACAAUUCCUUCGCUUCGAUAACCCUUCCAUUUGGCAUGGUGAAGCCCCUCCUUGCCUCCUACCACGCUUCUCAAAAUAUCAUCCAGGCUGUUCCACCAUCUGCAUCAGCACUCCUCCAACUCCCCAACUUCACGCCCGCCAUUGCCGAAAAGAUUACCAAGUCCUCGCAGUCGCCGAUGACGUUCCAAAAGUUCAUGUCACUCCCACCUACUACACGACGGCAAUUGUGCUCUGAUCUCUCAGAUCAACAAUACAACCAAGCCAUGUCCGUCGCAGCUCAGAUCCCCCAUCUUGUCAUCGCCAAGGCAUUCUUCAAAGUCGUCGGCGAACGGGUGGUCACACCUGGCUCCUUGGUACAACUCGUGAUCAAAGCCCGUGUCAUUCCUCCGGGUACACCCGAAAAGGAUAUCCCACCGGUCAACCCACUGGAUCUCGAAGACAUCGACCCGGAUGAGGGAGAUUUGGAUGCUCUGCACGGCCGAAAACCAGCGAAAUCGAGGAGAAGGAAACUUCCAGAUGGCUCUUACGUGGAAGACGAUGCUAAAGAAGGAAGCGUGCAACCACCAUUGGCACACGCACCCUACUUUGCUGCGGAUCAUGCACCUAGAUGGCAUGUCUUCCUCGCAGAAGCACGUACUGGCCGCAUUUCGGUACCACCCUUUACAUUUACCAGUUUCGAUCGACCGAUUUUCCACCCCGACACUGGGAAACCAACUUUUAAUGUUGUUACUCUGAAAUGCCCCUUCCAAGCGCCACCGCAGGUGCACGCCUUCCCGUUUAUCAUGCACUUGGUGUGUGAUAGUUACAUCGGUUUGGACGAGAAGGUCGAGGUCGUUUUGGACGUGAGAGAUCCCAAAGAGGCCGAGGUGGUGGAGAGCGACGACGACAUUAGCGAACCUGAGGAAGAUUCCCUGGUCAGUCACAUCCAGGCCAUGAAAUCGGGCGGUAUGACCGGCUCUCCGGUGAUAUCGAAAGAGAAAAAGAAGAAGGCCUUGCCCGCCGACUCGAAAGUGGUCCCUGUGGCCGAGACCCAAGCCGCUCCGGUUGCAGAAGCAAGCGACGAGGACGACGACAGCGACACCGACGGUGAUGGAGAGAGCGACACAUCCGAGACUGAUACAGAGACCGAGGACGAGGAUUCGUAA